UUGCUCCAAACGCGGAUGUCACGACCCGCUAUUCCUGCAGAACUCAUCGAAGUCGUACUCGAAAACCUCUGGGACGAGCGGAGUGCUCUCCUCUCGUGCUCCCUCGUCAAUGGGAACUUCUAUCUCGCCGCGCAACGCCAUAUAUUUCGGUCUAUGUGGCUAAAACGAAGAAAAGACAAACCCGACCUGUCCAGUGCAGUUGCGAAGGAGGCAUGCAAGUCGACAUUGCUUCCCAUAGCUAGCAUCUCGACUAUGGCGGAAAUCAUGGCCGUUUCGCCCCACCUAGGGCGACAUAUUCGCGAACUCACUUUCGACCUUCCUGUCAGGGAAGAUGAAGAUGGCGAGCUUACUCGCAUUCUGGGCACUGUUUCUGGCGUCAAACGCGUCGCCAUUGCGGGGGUGUCACUCGACUGGGACUCAAUGUCGAUGUACCAAGAGUCGGCAAUCCUCAAGCUCAUCACCGCCAGUCCAUCGUUGGACCGACUCCAUUUUCUCGGUAUUGUCCAACUUCCGCGAGCCGUGCUCGCUGCUGCCAUGCGUUUUGCGCGUGUCCUGUCAUUCUCAGGCUCGCUACAAGACCGGGAUGGCGAUGAUGACGAACCGGACGUCGAGCCGCGCUUACAAACACUCAUCCUCCAAGACUGCAGUCUCGAGAUACUUCAAGCGCUACCAAAAGCUGCCGCACUCAAAAAACUCGCAUGCUUGCCGUAUAGCCCAACUAGAACGAGCCACAACCCUUCCGCUUUCCUCCCAUAUGUCCCAUCUACCGUAACGACCUUGGACAUCAUCAUAGGCUCAACGCAAGCCUCGCCCUGUCUCUCCAACCUACCCUCCUUGCGCUCGGUCACCCUCCGCUACGAUCGCGGCACCCGCCGCUACCUGCCCAUGCGCUUUGCCGAAACCCUUGCCCAACUCCCAGCAGUGUCGCUCACUGUUAUCUUUUUCACGCCCAUUUCGACACCAAUCGAUAUCUGGCACGAUGCCGCCCCCCUUCCCGUCCGCGGCCUCGACGCCUGCCUGGUAGAGGACAUCCACUUCCGUCUUCACGCACAAGUCUCGCCGAAGCUGCUGAAGAGCGGGAACAAACUCACUCGUUUGCGCGAGUCGUUCCGCGCCGCGUUGGAGGCGGCACUACCGAAAUUCAGGCUCCAGUUCUCCUUUGUUAUGGGAGACUGGUCGUACGCCGCCGAGUUGCCUUAA